AGGGGGGGGGGGGAGGGGGACCUGCAGAACCUUCACUGAGAGCAGAGCAAGGCUGAGAACCGCCGGAGACCAGGACUGCUGGGCCCGAUCUGGACUGGAUCAGGUCUGAGCUGCUGACGGGAGGACUGAGACCUGAGACCGAUCCUGACCUGGACCGGGACGAUGCUGGCCGUGGGGACACUGGUCCUGGUCCUGCUGGGACUCAUCUGGACGUGUGGAGCCGUGUCCAGCGACCCCUGGGUUCAGUGUCCCGUCAGUCGGAAGUGUCAGGACAAGUUUGGGGACGGAUCCUGUGACCGGGAGUGUCUGGAGGCCGACUGUCUGCGGGACGGCUUCGACUGCCUGAAGGACAGGGGACACUGCAACCCGGGUCACGUCCCGUACUGCCGGGACCACUUCGCCGACUCCCACUGCGAGCUGGGCUGUGACAGCGCCCCCUGCGGGUGGGACGGCGGCGACUGCCUCAAGCACCAGAGCUCGCAGUGGGCCAAAGGGACGCUGGUCGUCCACACCAGCGUCCCCCUGCGGCGCUCCGCCUCCACCAACACCUCCGUUCUCUGGGCGCUCAGCGUCCUGCUGCAGUCGCCGCUCCGGCUGCGAGGCUCCGCCCCCCUCGCCGCCAGCAGGAACCUGUUCGACUACAACCCCCAGGAGCUGGAGGAGCUGCUGGCCCGGCCGGCGCCGGACGCUGACGGCUCCCUGCUCUUCGUCCAAGUGGACAACCGGCCGUGCUCCCGCCUGUCCUCCUGCUUCCCCUACGCCACCGAGGCGGCCGGCUUCCUGCGUGCCGCGCUGCAGCGGCGCCGCCCGGCCCCGCCCCCCCCGGCCCCGCCCCCCCUGCCCGAGCUGACCGCCGUCAUCAAUGUCAGGGGCGUCCGCCAGGAGAUCGGAGACAGAGAAGACGAGGAGGUCGUCCAAAAGGAAGUCAGAAGGCCGACCCCCGCCUGGCUCUGGGCCGUGGUUGCCAUCGCCGUUGCUCUGCUGCUGGUCGUCCCUCUGGCCAUAGUCCUGGUGGUGAGGAGGGUGCGGCGGCGGCGGCGGACCGAGAGGGACGGCGACGACUGGGCGGGACACCGGUCCAAACCGGCCGACGGCGAAGGCAACGUUAAAGUCAAAGGAUGGAUGUCAAUGUCUCAAGUGUCCCGCCAUGAUCAGAGAGUCCGCAGCAACAGAGAGAAGGACAGAGUGAGUCUGAAGAAGAAGAAGAAAGCCAGAGAGGCGGAGAAGAAGAGACGCAGGGAGCCGCUCGGCGAGGACGCCAUCCGGAUGAGGCCUCUCAGGAGGGACCAGGAAGUGGGCAGCGACACAGACUUUACCCAGAGUUCCAUGGAGGACGUCAGCAUGAGAUGCUCCCGCCGGGUGGAGGACGCCGCCGUCCGUGACCACCGGACUCAGGAGCAGAAACUGUCCCGAGCUGGACCGUCUCCGAACCGCCGAGCCGUGCAGCCGCCCCCUCGAGGCUGGGAGAGGAGCGCCAUGCCGCCGCCGCUGCUCAGUCCUCCUCAGCAGUCGGCGGAGUGGUGCGGCCCGGACGGCUCGGUGGUUCUGAUCCGGGCGGUGCGGAGCGGGCUGGACCGGGUGGUGCUGGAGCUGCUGCGGGCCGGAGUGCCGGUCAACAACACGGAUCACACCGGGCGGUCGGCCCUCCACUGGGCGUGCUCCGUCAACCACCUGACCCUGGCCCGGACCCUGAUCCGCUACGGGGCGGCCGUGGACCUGCAGGACAACAAGGGUGAGACCCCCCUCUUCCUGUCCGCCCUCCACGGCUGCUCUGAGACCUCCAGGCUCCUCCUCCUUCACGGCGCCAGUCUGGACCUGCGGGACCGGCGGGGGCGGCGCCCGGCGGACGUGGCGGGGGAGGGGCUGCAGCAGCAGGUCCUGGAGCUCCUGGCGGCCCCUCGGGUCCAGAGGGACGCCGGCGGCGACCCGCUGUGGAACCAGCAAACGCUGGCCUACUCGCCGUGGGCGGAGUCACAGGGGCUCCCCGGCAGGAGCGCCUCCUUCUCUGGGGUCGUAGGUCACCGGGACCUGGCUCCGCCUCCACGGACUGAUUGGUCGAUGGGCCUGCAGGCCCCGCCCCCUCAGAACUGGCGGCCGCAGCUCAGCCAAUCGGCGACUGCGCUAGUCCCUCCCAGAGUCAUGGGCCGCUCCCCUCGGCCAAUCAGCACCCUGCAGGAGGUGACGUCAGAAGACGAGGACCGCGAGCGGCAGCAGGAAGUCCCCAGGGCGGCCACGCCCCACUUCCUGUACCCGCAGCCCGCCCCGCGCCAGCGCUCCUUCUCCUGCUCCCAGCAUGCACUGCAGCGCCGCUGCAGCCCCGCCCCCCCUCAGCCGGAGCCCCACUACCUGAUGGUGACGGAGCAGGUGGAGCGGGUCCCGGUUCCCGCCGCCGCCGACCCCGCCCCUCCCCCCGCCCCUCCCCCCGCCACCAACGCGGAGCAGAAAGCCAGAGGUCAAAGGUUAAACAACGCUCCCGAUUCCACACAGACGGCCUUAUAGCGGCAGGAAGCUGCUGCAGCGGGAUUUCACAAUAAGGGUUCGAACCACGAGCUGAGAGGAAGAACCGGAGACAGCGGUGUCUUCAUGUGUCUCUCUUCUGUCUUCAGAUCAAACCGACCACUCCGUGCAGCCGUCCCAGGACUUCUCGGUCCCCCACAGGGUUCUGUCCAGCUGUUCCUGGUCUUGGGGUUCUGUCCAGCUGUCCCUGGUAUCGGGGUUCUGUCCAGUUGUCCCUGGUAUCGGGGUUCUGUCCAGCUGUCCCUGGUAUCGGGGUUCUGUCCAGCUGUCCCUGGUAUCGGGGUUCUGUCCAGCUGUCCCUGCUCUCGGGGUUCUGUCCAGCCGUCCCUGCUCUCGGAGUUCUGUCCAGCUGUCCCUGGUAUUGGGGUUCUGUCCAGCUGUCCCUGCUCUCGGAGUUCUGUCCAGCUGUCCCUGGUAUCGGGGUUCUGUCCAGCUGUCCCUGGUAUCGGGGUUCUGUCCAGCUGUCCCUGGUAUCGGGGUUCUGUCCAGCCGUCCCUGCUCUCGGGGUUCUUUCAGGUCUGAAAGGAACCUUUCGGAUGCUUUGCCCUGCAGAUCAGACAGACCCUGAAGAUUGGUGGACCCUCGGCCUUCAGACCGGACUGUGUCUCCGAAGUGUUUCAGGACAUUUCCUUCCUGCAUGUUCAUUUUUUCCCAUGAUCCUCUCUGUUUUCAGCACCACUCUGUAAACUGCUCAUAAUAAAGACUGU